UUAACAUACAAUAGUCUCAGGCAGGCCGACCGGCCGGCUUCUGAUUACGAGGUUUUAAUUUAGGUGUAAAAACAUGGCGUCUGCGAGAGUAGUGACCGUGCUGAUGGUGGCGGCGGCAGUGGUGUUAUUGGCGGCGGCGAUGACGGAGGCGCAGGAGGAGCAGCUUCCGUCGUGCGCCGAGAAGCUGAUCCCCUGCAUUGAGUACUUAAACUCCACCGGGGAGCUGGCGCCCUGUUGCGACGGGCUGAGAGAAGUGUUGGCUAACGAGGUUCCUUGUCUCUGCAAGCUUGCCAGGGAUCAUGGGCUGUUGAGCUUCUCCAAAGUUGAAGGCGACGAAAGCCCCAGAUCGCCCUAUGAUCUUCCCCGGCUAUGUGGAGUUUCCGAUACCAUCCACUGUGACGACGACGGCGACGGCGCUCCCCCUCCUGUGGUGGAACAUUCUACAGCAAAUGGUGCAGGGAGGAUGAUUACGAGGACUGCAAUUUCAAGCUUGCUACUGUUGGGUGUUCUUUUGAUGAUGCUUUGAUAGAUCAGAAAUGCUUUGAAUUAUAUUAUUUAAUAGCAUAUAAAAAUAAUGUAA